AUGUAUACUACUCCUACUAUCGACGCCGCUACUGACCCCAUCGCAAUUGCCGAAGAACCCACACCCGACGCAGUGUUAAGUGACGACUCUCUUACAUCCCCAGUAGAAGUAGUUGACUACAACAAACUUACUAGUCUCGAAUCAAUACCGCCUGCUUCCACUUCACCACCAACGACCAAAGCAAGCUCAUUAUCUGGUGCUAGUUCGCUUUUUACAUAUCAAAAUCCGUUUGAUUUGUUCAAAAAAACUAACCCGACAACGACUGCAAGGAGUAAAGGUGGUGGAAGUGUUCAUGGACAAAGUCAGAAAGCGGAUGGAGGUAUGGAUAGGAGUACCAGUGUGAAGACUGAAGGACAAUCGGUGGGGCAAAAACCGAAGGCGUCCUUUGAAGGAACAACAAUUGUGGGAGAAAAAACAAUUAUGGACUAUCCGUAUAUGAAGCCUUCGUUACCAGAUACUACUGCGUGGAAUAUACGGGCUUCUAUGACUAGGAAGAAUUUAUCGAGAGAUAUUCCUGAUGGAAUGAGGCUUCCUUCGAGUGAUAUUGUAAUUGACCUGUCGCAACAGAACGAGUCAAUGAUAUCAACGAGAGAUUUGGAACUUACCACGAUUACAAGGGUUAUAAGUGAUACUGAAUAUCGAACAUCGAAAUUGAUUGCUGCAAAUGAUCAUUUUAUAUGCUACGCAGUCAAAGGAGGUAAAGUCCGUAUAAUAAGCAUCCAAUAUGGAAGCAGGGCGCUCGUUCGACUCCAAGGCACGCAAAUAAUUGACGUAUGCCUCCAAUAUUCUAGCCACAAUAACUGUCACUUUCUUCUUGCCAUCGGCGACGUUAGUACAAUUACUAUUUGGGAAAUCUCAGAGCCGCCGCAGGCAGCCGAUGAGGAAAUUCCGUGCAAAAUUGUCUUUGAAUUAGACGCAAAGACUAUAAUGUCCGAACCGACGCCGCCAAGAUAUACGAGAGCUGUUUGGCAUCCCAAGCGAACUGUAUUUGCAGUUGCUACUGAUACUAAUGAAGUUGGAGUAAUUGAUGUAGCAAAGGUGUCUGAGGGCAAAGAUAGUGUGAAUCAUAAGGAGGAAGAAAUAUGGUCAAGUAUCGCCAAGACGGAGAAAUAUGACGAGCCAGUCGAAGACCUGGCAUUCUCAUCUGAUGGCACAAUUCUUGCAACCGCCAGUGGUCACUAUGUCAAAUUUUUUGAUGUCCAACAACUCACGUCAAAUCCUCACGAGGCUGUUGUCGUACACAGUAUAAACCUUCAUGGUGAAAGACCAUCCUCGAUCCUUUUCGUUGACCUUCAAGAAGAAGGCCUGCCUUUAUUCAACAAAUCAUCGGCAUUUGAAUACGUUGUUAUUGGUGCUAACAGGAAUAGUUUAUUGAGGUUAUACGAUGCGACAAUGGAGAGUGCUAUCCAGGAGAUUAAAUAUAUACCUCCGAAAGAAGAGACAGGAGAUGGACACGGUGGAAAGACAUUAACUAAUGAAAGAAAGAUGUUCAAUUGUGUCGCGUUUGAACAGAAAAGUCGGUGUUUGAUAGUAGGGAAUAGUGUUAGAAUGUCUAUAUUUGCUGUGCACUUGGAUACAGGAAGGAAAAAGUUCGAUUACAUAAUUGAGUUCCCGGUUGAUCAAUUCAUAAUCAGCUUUGUAAACGUCCCGGAAUCAGAUGGUUUCAGUAUCUACUGCAUUCAGACAGAUGUUGUACAACAAUAUCUGCUAUACUCAGAAAUGUUGUACCCAAACAACCUUGAAAGAUGUCCUGAAUUUAAGUGCGAACCAAGCAUAUUCAUGCAGAAGAAGACUGAUGAUAGGUCAGACAAAGGAGCUACAGAAGUCAUUUCAGCCGAAGGAUCAGAACCGAAAGUUAAAACGGCAGAGAUAGAAGGGGAAGAUAAAGAGCUGAGCGUGACUACAGGAAACCAAACCAAAGCUAUAAAUACAAGUACGGAGAUUACUCUACCGCAGCCAAUCAAACAACCAUUAAACGCACCACCAGUAACGGCUACUCACGACCAGUCCUCUCUGCAUCCACCUCAUCCCUCUGUGUCUACUUCAGCUACGACUUCUGCAAUUGCCUCAACAUCAACCAGUACAGAAUCUCAUUCUUCAAUAGUCCGAGCGACUUCCGAAUUACAACCAGCAGACGAAGAAGAUAAAAAAGAAAAUCAAAAAGCCGCCUCAACUGGCAACAUUAAAUUGUCUGGUCCUGUUGUUAACGGUACUAUUGCAAGAUUAAAGGAGAAGAAAAAGGCUGAAAAAGAACGAGCUUUAGCUGCUGCAGGGACGGGAGAAAUAAAGAAUAAAAAACCCGCAGAUUUACAAAAAGCCAAUGGUAAAUCAUCGAAUGCGAAUGAGAAAUCACGCAAGGCAGAAGCGCAGGCUCAACAAGAAAACUCUAACCACAAAGCAGACGGAAACACUUCCAAGGAGUUUAGAAAACUAGAAGAAAAUAUUGUUAAUAAAGUGCAAAAGGUGUUCAUUAAAGAAAUGGAUAAGCAAUCACAAGAACUAAAAUCCGAUCGUAUACAGCAUCAAGCUCUUGAGACAUCUCGACAACAGUCAAUUCUGAAGGUUGUUUCCGAUACGUUGAAUAAUAAUACUUCUCAGUUAAUGACCCAGACAAUAAGACAGGAAGUGCAGACUAUGCUUGUGCCAGCAUUGACUAGGACGCUAACCAAUGCAGUUGAUAAUAAAGUAAAGCAGGCGUUACCUGAGGCUAUAAGUAAGUCGAUCCCAGUCGCAAUCGAGCGGGCUGUAUCCGAAAAUGUUUCCAAAGUUCUCUCCAAACCGGCUGUGAUUGAAUCGAUUGCCAAAGGCGUGUCCAAAGCAAUGCGGCCAACCGUUGACGAAAUAUUCAAACAAUCGUUUACUGGCAUUCUUGUCCCUCAACUCCAGGAAGCUACGGCUGUAAUGUUCUUGCAAAUAAAUCAAACAGUAGAAGAGGGUUUGCAACAUGUUGCAGAAAGGAGUGAGAAAAGUUUGACCUCGAUGGGAGCGGGUGAGAAGGGAAUUCACGGAAGGUUAGAACAAUUAGAAAGGUCUAUAAGAGACAUGCAGCAAACUCAGGUGGAAUUGAUUAAUAUAAUAAAAGGAAUGCAACAGCAACGACAGCCAGAACUGCCUCAGCAACAGCUGCCCUCGAGCAUCCACCCACAGCCUCUUGCCACCACCGCCACUGCCACCACAACUCAUCUCCCUUCUCACAUGCCCGAGACGCAUUCGUCACACGCUACAGCCGAGGUUCAACACAAGCUGGCUCGAUCUUUAUCGGGAGAAUUGAAGCGUAUGCUCAUUCCUCAAACAACUCCACGAUUGGGACGGAUGAGUGCGCAGGAUGGAUAUGAAAUGGGAAAUAAGGGAGUUGGGAAUGGUGCAUUGCCUUCUCAAGCGGAACAUACUAUUGUGCAUCACCGUCAGCAGACACAUCAGCGUCACCCAAGUGUGCAGCGGACGUAUACGUCUCCUAUGGAAGCCCCUGGAGUAGUUGAAUUGAGGAAUAUGAUUGAUAGGUAUUUGGAAGUGGGGAAUUUUGAAGAGGCUUUUGUUAAGGCCCUAUCAUCCAACGACGCGACAACAAUACUCCGCUUAAUUAGUAAACUGGAUCAGAAGACUAUUUUUCAUGAAGACGGUAGGACAAGUGUGUCGCAGCUUGUCGUACUCUCACUGAUUCACCAUCUAUCGAACGAAUUGGAUAAGCUAUUUGAAUUGAAAUUGUUAUGGUUGGAAGAGGCAGUUGCUCAUUUAGAUAUUAAGGACGCCUCAAUUCGAGAACACCUUCCCCGGAUCAUCCCCCCGGUUAGACAACGUCUUGAAGAUACAUACUAUCGACAAUUAGCUGAAGAUACUUCGCACCCUAGUCUGAAGAGAUUUGCUAUGCUCAUAUAUAGGAUAAAUAACUUUAUUUGA